AUGCCGACGGAACCUUCAUCGCUCGACUUCUCUGCAUUUAAAGUCCUAGAUCCAACAACGAUUGCUUCAAUAAACCUUUGUCCGUCAAAUGUAACAAAGGUCCACAAAGGAUUGAUCACCCUCCCCGUUCGCUUUGGUUCUCUGGCUGCGUUCUCUCCAGACCCGGUAUUCCAUUAUCUCUUCGUCAAACCUCACGACCCCCAGUACACCCCAAUUAUCAAUGCACACCCGAAUAUCAACGGCCGGUCGCUUUAUAUAUCUGCAAUCCCUUUCGACUCAACCGUUCAUCAUUUGAGGGCGCUUUUUACUGCAAUUGGAGGUGGAAGAAUCGAGGCCGUUAUAUUUAGCGAUGAGCCGCUCCCGCCCCGCUCAUCUACAGCGGACGAAAAGGGUUUGAUUAAGAACAAGAAGAGGAAGAGGCUAACGCCAACGGUAACCGGUAAACAAGCGGCCGAAACUGCACCAUGGCCACCUCUCUGGAACCGAAAGUUACACCCCCCAGGCACAACGGCUGUGGCCGUCUUCGUUGACAAAGCGGCUUGCGAAUUGGCUAUGAAAGCUGUGGCCGAGAACUCAACGGAUAACCCGAAUUUGGAAUACUUUUGGGGCAGCGGCAUAGGACAGGGCAAUCAGAUUCCAGGGCUAGGAAAAAAACGUUAUGAAGAUCACAUGGAAAGGAUGUUUCCUGACCCUGAGUGGGCACAGAAAUUUGUAGAUGACUCACUAGAAGCCUACGACGCCCGCCUCAAAGCCGAAGAGGAAGAACGACGCCGGAAGGCAAAUGAACCCGACGAAGACGGUUUCGUCACUGUCAUCCGUUCUAGUAGACCCCGCCCACCACCCUCCGCAGAGGAGAUUGCAGAACGGCUCAAAAAAGAGGAGAAGAGAGCACGGAAGGGGUUCUAUCCUGACUUCUACAGAUUCCAGCAACGCGAACUCAAGAAAGAACAAGCAAAAGAGCUGCUGUUUCAGUUUGAAGAUGCAAAACGACAGGUUCGAGAGCGCAAGGGCGCCCGCUAA